UUCAAUUUCAUUUCGAGUCAAUUAAUCCAAAUUUUCUAAUAUUUGUACUCGUAGUAUAGCAAUCAAUAAGUUUUCUCAAAAACACCUAAGUUCGAAGGUUAAUUAAGGAUAAAAAUCAAAGAUGCCGAUACAGAAGGUGAAAGCUCGGCAAAUAUUUGAUUCAAGAGGAGAUCCUACUUUGGAGGUUGAUCUUAUUACAGAUGUUGGUCUGUUCAGAUCGUCAGUUUCUAGUACAUUGGUAUCAAAUCCUAAUCAAGCACAGGAAAUUAGAGAUGGAAAUGAGGGUGCUUAUCAUGGUAGAUCGGUUUUUAAAGCCGUUGAUAUAGUCAACAACGUGAUAGCACCUCAAUUAUUAAAAUCAAAAUUAGAAGUUUGUCAACAAAUGGAAAUUGAUAGUCUGUUGAACAGAUUAGACGGUACUGAAAAUAAAUCAAAGUUAGGUGCUAAUUCAAUAUUAGGGGUUUCUUUGGCAUGUUGCAAGGCUGGUGCAGCAAAGAAAGGUCUUCCGAUUUAUAGGUAUAUCGCUGAAUUAGCAGAAAAUGGUGAUCUGUAUUUGCCAGUACCCUGUUUCAACAUGAUCAGCGGUGGUAGACUCGCUGGUAACAGUAUACCUUGCGAAAAAUUUAUGAUUCUACCUAUUGGAGCUGAAAGUUUUGUCGACGCUAUGAAAAUGGGUAACGAGGUAUAUCGUGUUUUGGAGAGAAAAAUAGCGGAAGCUCAAGAAAUUCAAUUACCACUUCCCGUCAGCGAUGAUGGUGCUUUCGUACCACUUUUAGAAGACGACAAGGAUGCUCUUACUCUCAUAGACGAAUCGAUAAAGGACGCUGGAUACGAAGGAAGAAUAAAAAUCGCUUUAGAUAUGGCAGCUAGUGCUUUUUAUAAAGAAGGAGGCUACGAUUUAGCUUUCAAAACCGAAGAAUCUGAUCCCGACGAUUACAUGGAAGCUGAAGCACUGAAAGAACAAUAUAUAGAUUAUCUAACCGAUUUUCCAUCGAUUGUCUCGAUCGAAGAUCCUUUCGAUCAGGAGGAUUGGGAAGGUUGGUUGACUUUAGCCGAUCAAGAAAUUCAAAUUGUCUCGGACGAUUUAACAGCCAUGAACAUAGAAAGAAUCGAAGAAGCGAUAGAACGACAAAUGGCUAACUGUCUUGUUCUGAGAAUGUCACAAAUCGGUACGAUUACCGAGACCAUCAAUUGUGCAAGAAUGGCUAGGAUAAACAAUUGGGGAUACGUUGUCGCGGCUGGACAAUGCGAGACGGAGGACAAUUUCGUAGCUGAUCUUGCCGUGGGUUUGUCAGCGGGUCAAUUUAAAUCAGGAGCACCGUGUAGAAGCGAAAGAACAGCCAAAUAUAAUCAAAUCAUUAGGAUCGAGGAAGAACUUGGGAAAGAUGCCAAAUACGCUGGACUAAAUUACAGAAGUCCUCUUGCUAAAUGAUCGAUGAUAAUUUAUGUGUAUCCUAUAUAAAUCC